AUGAGCGUCAAGACGGUCCAGACAACGCCCUUCCAAGGUACGACCUCCACCAGCUACAUGUAUAGCUUUGAGUAUGGCAUUGGAAGCUAACAAAAGGCAUUCGACAGACCAGAAGCCUGGAACGUAAGUCUACCAGCCCACUAUCGAGCUCGAUUAGCUUCACGACAAGCCUCCACCCCUCAUCGCCUCAGUACAUACUAUGUACCGUAUACACGGAGAAAGAGCCGGUCCUGACGCAAUCGUGAUAGUUCUGGCCUCCGCAAGAAGGUCAAGGUCUUCCAGCAGCCCAACUACUCCGAGAACUUCGUUGCCUCCAUCAUCCAGUCCAUCCCUGAAGGUGCCCAGGAUGCCUUCCUCGUCAUUGGCGGUGACGGCCGUUACUGGAACCCUGAGGUCACCCAGGUCAUCGCAAAGAUCGGUGCCGCGUACGGCGUGAAGAAGCUCCUGAUCGGCCAAGAUGGCAUCAUGUCCACUCCUGCCGCCUCGCACUUGAUUCGACUACGAAAAGCUACGGGCGGUAUCCUGCUCACAGCCUCGCACAACCCCGGUGGUCCCACCGAGGACUUCGGUAUCAAGUACAACUUGGCCAACGGCGCCCCAGCACCUGAGGGCGUCACGAACAAGAUUUACGAGUUCUCCAAGAGCUUGAAGGAGUACAAGAUUGCGGAUAUCCCAGACAUCGAUCUCUCCACCAUCGGCACCAAGACCUACGGCCCAUUGGAGGUCGAGAUCGUCCACAGCACCCAGGACUACGUCAACAUGCUCAAGGACAUCUUCGACUUCGAUCUGAUCAAGUCUUUCCUGCAGAAGCACUCCGACUUUAAGAUCCUCUUCGAUGGCCUGAGUGGUGUCACUGGCAACUACGGCGUGGACAUCUUUGAGAAAGAGCUUGGCCAAAAGGGCAGCACACAGAACUGCAUCCCCAAGCCAGACUUUGGCGGCCACCACCCAGACCCUAACCUCGUCUAUGCCCACUCGCUGGUUGAGCGCGUGGAUAAGGAGGGCAUUCACUUCGGCGCUGCCUCUGACGGAGAUGGCGACCGCAACAUGAUCUACGGCGCCAACUCUUUCGUCUCGCCUGGUGACUCGCUAGCCAUCAUUGCUCACCACGCCGACCUGAUCCCCUACUUCAAGAAGCAGGGUGUCUACGGUCUCGCCCGCUCCAUGCCUACUUCCGGCGCUGUCGACUUGGUCGCCAAGAAGAAGGGUCUCUCUUCAUACGAAGUCCCAACCGGCUGGAAAUUCUUCUGCGGUCUGUUUGAUGCCGACAAGAUGAACAUCUGCGGAGAGGAGUCUUUCGGUACCGGCAGCAACCACAUCCGUGAGAAGGACGGUCUCUGGGCCAUCGUUGCCUGGCUCAACAUCAUUGCCGGUGUAGGCCAGCAGACCGGCUCCACCCCAUCCAUCAAGAGCAUCCAGCACGACUUCUGGAAAGUCUACGGCCGCACCUUCUUCACUCGGUACGACUACGAGGGCUGCGAGAGCGAGGGAGCAAACAAAGUCGUCGCACACGUCACGGAGCUCAUUACGACAAAGAAGGAUAGCUUUGUCGGCAGCUCCAUCUCUGGCCGCAAGGUCGUUGAGGCGGACGACUUUUCCUACACCGAUCUCGACGGUAGCGUGAGCAAGAAGCAGGGCAUCUACGUCAAGUUUGACGACGGCAGCAGGAUCGUUGUUCGACUUUCUGGGACUGGCUCCAGCGGUGCUACGAUCCGUCUGUACAUCGAGAAGCACGAGACCGACGAGAGCAAGUACUCCCUCGACGCUCAGGACUACCUCAAGGACAACGUCAAGCUUGCGACCGAUCUGCUCAAGUUGCAGGAGUACGUUGGUCGUACUGAGCCGGAUGUCAAGACUUAG